AUGCGACCAGCUGGUCUGGCAUCUGCUGCGAGGCGGUGCCAGAGCAUUGCUGCUUCAUCAUCAUCUCCUCAUGGCUUGUCUCGAGUCCCACUCGCACUGCGCCGAUAUAUAGCCAGCGACAGUGGAGCUCCACGAUCCGUUGCGAAGCUGCUGGAGUGGAAGCCUGAAGGGUCUGCUGCCCGUGACAUUGUUGUCAAUGGCUACAUUCGCUCUGUGCGGUCCAUGAAGGCGCGGACUUUUGUUGCACUUGGAGAUGGCUCUUCGCUUGCUGCUCUCCAGGCGCUCAUUCCUGCGGAUCAGGCUGAAGGCCUCGCAAUUGGUGCUGCUAUCCGCCUCAGAGGAUCUUGGGUCCCAUCACCGGGUGCCGGCCAGUCACACGAAUUACACGUCGACAACGUUCAAGUGCUGGGUCCUUCAGACGCCAAGACUUUCCCGAUCCAAAAGAAAUACCAGACACCUGAGUACCUCCGAACGAUGCCUCAUCUUCGGCCGAGAACGCCUUUCAACUCUGCCAUUCUCAGAUUUAGAUCCGAGGUCGUCGCCACCCUGACCCAGUUCUUCGCUAGCCGAUACUUUGUCCAGACACACCCACCCGUCAUCACCUCCUCGGACUGUGAAGGCGGUGGAGAGGUUUUCAGCAUCGCUCCUGCGAACAAGACCGAGGAUGAGACAGACGAAUCCUUCUUCCGUGCUCCAAAAUAUCUCACUGUGUCCUCCCAGCUCCAUCUCGAGGCCCUUGCUCAGUCUGUUGGCGAUGUGUGGACGUUGGGGCCGACCUUCCGUGCGGAGCGGAGCGACACCUCUAGGCACCUAAGCGAGUUCUACAUGCUUGAGGCUGAGAUGAGCUUUGUGGACGACCUCGGCGGCGUCAUGGACCUGCUGGAAGACAUGCUGCGGCACACAGCUACCGAGCUCUAUCAAUCCAGGGUCGCUCGGGAGCUGAGGGCCCCAGGCAGGGACAAGAGUGCCGACGACUCUGCCAGUGACCGCGCCUCGCCCGAUGAAGUCGACAAGAGGUGGCAGGGCUUGAUGCAGCCCUCCUGGCCCCGGUUGACGUACACAGAGGCUCUCGACAUACUCAAGACAAACCAGCAUCUGUUCCGGCAUGCACCUGUAUGGGGCGACGGCUUGCAGUCUGAGCACGAAAAGUAUAUCGCCCGUGUGGUUGGGAACGGAAAGCCUGUCUUUGUCACCCACUACCCUCGCGACAUUAAAGCAUUCUACAUGCGCCCCACGCAAGAGCAUGAGCGGGACGCCACAUCCCAGGAGACAGUCGACUGCUUUGACCUACUCGUCCCGGAAUUCUGUGAAAUCGCCGGUGGUUCCAUGCGCGAGCAUCGUCUGCCGCAGCUCCUGGACGCGAUGAAGAGGCAUGGAAUUGUCAUACCGUCUUCGGAUGGCAGCAUACAACCGACGUCACCAGCAGGCCCUCUGGACUGGUAUGCCGACCUUCGCCGCUGGGGCUGUCCGCCUCAUGGUGGCUUCGGCCUGGGUUUUGACCGCCUUCUCGGCUACCUGUCAGGUGUACAAACGAUCCGGGACACCGUCACUUUCCCUCGGUGGUACGGACGGUGUGACUGUUGA